CGCUAGUGUUAAUUUGCAAACACAUGUCUUAAGAAAAAAGGAGUAUUGUAUGGUGAUCGUGAAAAUCUCGUCAAAAAUGAGGAUGCGCCAAAAACUGGCCUGCUGGCAGCAAAUUCUGACCUCGUUGGGAACGAGUUCCAUGUCAGAGCAGGAAUGGAAUACUAUUUUCAAAGGGUUCCUUGAUAGCUGGCUAAAUCCCUACUGUAUCCAAACCAGCUGCGAUCCUAGCAUACCUCUAAGACGAGAGUUCUUGGUCAGACCGAGAAAAGAUCUGCAGGGAAACCAUACGGGAUCGGUGGCCACAAUUCCAGAGUCCGCUGUUUUCCUGGAACCCACCAGUUCCAAAAAAUUUCCUCCGUGUGAAGUUCCAAGUUCCAUUAAGUCCCGUGAUACCGUAGUAAAUUCAACAGGUUCUGAUUCUGGUAAUAGAGAAAGAUCUUCAAGUGUUUCGAAUAAAAAUCCUGGUGCAUCCGAAUAUGCUAAAAUCUGGAAACAGGGCAAAAGGCAUUCGACUGUCAGUUCCUACAAAGCUGGAAUUUCCAAGCGCAGAGAUUCCAAACUCUUAAGUACGAAGCGGCGCCAAGAUACAUGUGAACCUGUCGGCAGAAGCCGAGAAUCAAGUGUUUGUGCUGGCAAUGGAAAUGUUUUCAAGUGUAGAGACGUAUCGCCUCAUGCUCCAAUCUUAAGUACCAUCCAGACGAAAGAUUCAUGUGCUUCUCCAGAUGUUCUUGUCUUAAAUCCCAAGAACAGUGCGUCCAAGACAACAGAACGUCGAAAUUCAUUUAGUCCCACACAAGAUUACAAAGCUCCUUCAGACAAAAUAAUCAAGCGUCGAAACACGUGUGUUCCCACAGAUAAUCCCCAAUAUUUAAAACUAAAAACCGGUAAGGGACAGAAUUCAGGCGACAAACCUAAGAACAAACAGCAGCCCAAGCCUCCACCGCCAUCUAAGCGCAACAACGAGUCCAAGGAAUCAAGCGACGACUGCGAUGACCAACUGCCGCUCUCAAAGUGGUUGCUAAAGAUAAAUCGUGAUAAACCGAAAGCCCUUGAUCUGUCCCACAAGAUAGAGUUGACUCAUAAAUAUUGCAGUCCUGCACCUGAGCAAGUGAAGCGAAAAAGAGGACGGCCCACACAUAAUAAAAAAGCACAGCCUUCAAGGCUGCCAUCAUUAAAAACUAAUUUCACCGAGCAGGGUAAGCAUUCAGCAGAGCUCCUAACUAUAAAACCAAGAAGCGAGACGACUCAAGCAAAGCCACUGCGAAAUUCACCUAAAAAACAGCCCAAACAGCUGAAACAGAGGCUUAAAAGGCCACAUCAGAAAAAAACAACGUUGCUUCAGUUGCAAAAACUUUCAAAGACAAAGGGAAAGCAAUCCAUUCACGAAAAGAUCAGUCAGCAGGCCAAAAACUUCCAUAAAGCAUCUGGACAGCAGAAGCCAUCGACAUCUCAAGUUCAAAGGAACACACCGCCAAACAAAAUGAGGAACAAUGGUGUAAAAUCAGUAAGCAGUUUUAUGGUAUUUACGUUGCCUAACAACUUCCUUUUGUUACCGCAGAUAAGUGCCAAAACGUUGAUGCCUGCCCAUAUGCCACAGACUGCGAUCAACUUGAAAUGCUCAGAAAUUCAUGAUCACGUUCAGAAGGAUUUGGGCCAAAAAAUCGAUAGUACAUGCGGGAGUCCAAAAUAUCAAUACAAUGUGCUUUACGAGCACAACUACAAUAUGUUUGGCGAUGAGGAUAACUUCCGGAGACCACAAGACUACGCACCAAACAAAAUGGAUGUGGAUCAGCCACUGGUUGACGCCAUAAAACUAUCUAGUCCCGUGGGCGGCGAAGGGGCCAGCGUCGAGUUAAAACACGAUGACGUGUAUGACAUACCAAUGGGGAUAUUCCGUGAGGUGGAGGAGAUUGAUCGCUGUCUGGAGAAUUUAAAUAAUAAAACACCCAGCGAGAUCGAUACCCAGCUAGUCCACACCAGCGAGUUCUUCGAGAAUCUGACGAGACCAUCGACAGCAGAUGUAGGCAAAUCCGAAUUGAUGGACUUAUUUAUGGGAGGAAAUGAAGAGCUGGAUUACGAGGACGACGAUGACGAUGUGCUCUCGAUGGCUGCCUCCUGGGAUGGACUCGACGAUGAGCUCGAACCGAUAGAGAAAACGGCGGAGCAGAUACUCAAACCCGAGCCUUCCACAGAAACACUUAAGCCAAUCGAAAAAGAAGAUGCUCCACAAGUACAAAAGAUAAAAUCGUUUCGAAUUCCAAAACUAAGUGCUGAAGAUCUGAAGACACACCCCUCCGUGAUGCGGUAUCUCUACGAAAUGGAGGAGUUGGAAAAGAAUAGCAAGGUGGCUGUGCCGUCUUCACUAGCGGAUCCCCCGUUCGCUGAAUCCAAUCGCAAGCAACGCGACGAAGCAACCGCUGCCCGACGGUCCAAAGAAAUAUUGCCAGUAUUUGCUCCACCAUAUCGUGUAGCACCAGAAUCGUGCACCAACAGCCCACAGUUUAUACCACAAGUACCCAUUCCCACGUCAGCCUCCAACCUAGAAGAUGUUAACUGGAUUGAAGAAGUUUUUGGGAUAAGGUGCAUGCAAAGCGUGGACAACAGAUGCAUCUCUUUCAAUUGUGAUCAUACAAUGCGCAGUUUGGGCGAAGUCCAGAGACGUUUGUUCAGAAUGCACGAGGACACCCUGGUAAACCUCUACCGACAGACGAUACGAAGCUUUUUCCUGUUUCAGACCUACUACACCUCGUUUGUAGACAUCUUCGAAUUUCGCCACCUGUGGAAGCAUCUGCUAAUCAUGCUGGCCGACUGCCGGUUGUACAAAAGCAUUUCAGCUCCCCUCCUGGUACACGCUUAUGAAGCCCUCUAUAAGUGCGGCAUGCAGAAAGAGGCUGUGAAAUGCAUUAUGGAGUAUGUGUGGUUGCCAUGCAAAGCGCAUAAGUAUCGCGAUUUUAUGCUAAUGACGCUAAAUAUUCUGUGCAACGCUAACUGGGACGAUUAUUGCGAUAAGCUCAUGAAGCUGGACCAGGAUUAUAACUUUGAGAUACCCCAAAAAAACUUGAUCACCAUACUCAAAUCUUCCGUAGACCGCUCUGAUAAAUUUUCAAACGCCCUUAAGUUGAUCACCCUACAUCCAAAUUCUAUUUGUACCAACGAAACUAUUAUGUCGAUUCUAAGCAGCACAUCGAAAAGCUACAGACAGAAUGAAAGUACGAGCGCAAGUCAGGGGCCGCCAGGAGCGGAUUCUGGUCCUUCCUCGAUUAUUACACCAUCUGCUGCCGUUCAGCCGUGUAAUUUUAGACAUCCGCCAAUAGCCGCUUAUAACUCAAAUGAGAACCAUAGUUUUCAUUUUUCCAAUGAAUAUUCGAACAAUAAAAAAUACCAUGAUUGAGCUAAUUAAAUUAAUGGAAAAUA